GCGGCUCCCCUUCGUUUGUUUUUUGUUUUUUUUGUAUUUUGACGUUUUGUUCGGACUCCUCCCGUCGUUGUUGUCGAAAGGGCAUAGAUCAGCAAACGUGAUGGGGAGGGGUUUGUCGCCACUUCGGCUGCUUCUCGGGCGCUCUCCGUCGAAGAAGACGAGUCAUAAUCAACAGCAACAGGAGUUGGAGCAGCACGUGUCCCCCCUUAGUUCCUCGCCCGCUGACGCCGAGCCGUCUCUGGUUACCGGCAAAGAUGGCGGCGCUCGUCGACCCCUCACUCCUACGACUAAUAACACUCUUUUUGAUCCGGCGGUCGCUCAGUGCACGCCAAGUGGCAGAGGUAAUGACACGACGGCUGCGAAGCACUCGGCGGCAAAGGUCUCGCCCAGACCGACGAAGCACGUGGGACGGCAGAACGUCGCUGAAGGCGGGUCGCCAGACAUCGGUGGUGGCCAACGACAUACUGUUGUGCUGGCUGGAGGGGGAGGGAACAAGGACAGGAGCUCUCCACGGACGCCUCCACUUGGCGCAGGAGCAGAGGUUCCUGGCUGGCAGCCUCACUCACACAGAAUUAUGGGUAGCGGGGCCCGGCGGAGCGGUGAGGGGAACGAGAACGCCGCUGAUCCUUCGUCGAUAACGACCAAUAAUGUCGCCACCGGUCGUGGAGGGGCCGCCGAUCGGCAUCCUCUGCAUCAUCAUCGGUCUCUGUCGCGUAUGACCUCAAGGGGGCAGCUUGAGUUUGAUCAGCUCCUAGCGAUGGGAUCAGGAGGAGGAGGGGCAGGGGGUGUGGACGGCGGCGGUGUGAAUGGAGGAGGGCGCAGGACUCCUGGUCGAACGCGGCCCGGAGAGAAUGCGCCGGACUCGGUGGGUGGCGCGCAGGGGGUCACAGGAGGAGAGGCAUCAUCACCACAUCAGCAGCCUACAUUGCAGAAGAACCGGUCGGGACAGGUGGCUGGUGCAGCUGAGGGUGGUACGGGAAGUGGCCGCUCGAGAACUCCUCGCAGAAAUGAGAACGUUGCUCCAUGUGACGGGGAAGCGGCAGUGGGAGGAGAGAGAUUGCCUGCUAAUGAGGCAGUGGUGGCUGUGCAGGCCACGUGUAGUGCCAGCGCCCCGCCAACUACGAUCGGCAGUGUCUCCAAGGGCGGCAAAACCCGGGGACAGUGGAAAGAUGCAGCUGCUACUGGUGAAGCAGCAGCGGUUGUGCCGAAGACGCCGCGGCAGGUGGCGCGUGUACUGGCCUUUGGUGGCGGUCUGAACAACAACAACAAUUGUGGUCCCCUUGGUCCCGGGGCUGGAGGGGGUUGUAGAAUGGCCCCGCACAGACCCCUCUCUUCCUUGGCCAACGGCAUCAGUCAGUUGGCCCCUCUGCCGGCACUCGAGCAUUUCGAUUUGGACGAAUCGUGGGACCCUUCCAGAGAGGAUCAGACAGUCCAGGUACUUGUGAGAAUCCGGCCAAUCAAUUCGCGGGAAGCGUCUGUGAACGGAGAUCGCCGUUGUCUGAGGCAGGAUAGCCCGCGUUCGCUCGUUUUCCUCACGCACCCGGAGCCGCAGCGGUUCACGUUCGACCAUGUUGCUGGUGAACAAAUCAGUCAGGAUAAGCUGUUUCGAGUGGCUGGGUACCCGAUGGUGGAGAACUGCUUGGAAGGAUACAACAGCUGCAUGUUUGCGUAUGGACAGACCGGAAGCGGCAAGACUUACACAAUGCUUGGCGACAUAGAUGACCUUCUGCGCAGAAAGUCGGAGCAGAGGGGGAUCACUCCCCGUGUUUUUGAGCACCUCUUUUCCCGGAUACGAGAGGAGGAAGAUCAGCGGAGGCAUGAGCAGCUGCGAUUCCAGUGCAAGUGUUCGUUCCUCGAGAUAUACAACGAGACGAUCACUGAUCUGCUGGAUCCCACGCAAACGAAUUUACAGAUUCGUGAAGAUAUGAAGAGAGGCGUUUAUGUGGAGAGCUUGUCGGAGAUUGCCGUUGGUGGUGUAGAGGACGUUAUCAAGCUUUUGAUGGAGGGUGCAGCGAACCGGAAGGUGGCACAGACAAAUAUGAAUCGGGAAAGCAGUCGUUCACACAGUGUGUUUACUUGUGUUAUCGAGAGCAAGGGGUUCUCGGAUGGCAUUAGUAACCUUCGUUUUUCCCGACUCAAUCUAGUUGAUCUUGCUGGAUCGGAAAGGCAGAAGAGCUCAGGUGCAGAGGGCGAAAGGCUGAAGGAGGCAGCGAAUAUCAACAAGUCUCUGUCACAGCUAGGGUAUCACAUGAGGUCCACCAUAGCCAUGGCUACCCUUAUUCCUCCUUCCUCCAAGGCCGAGGCUACGUCGGACUACCAGGGCAUCGCCCUGCUGUCCAAAGGACAACACAAAGCAGCUAUGGCUGUUCUAGCUCAGGCCGCCGUGCCUGAUUCUGCCUCGAAGCUUCUUUGUGUAGCUCUAACCCACCUGGGGCCUUCCUGCUGCAGCGCCCACCAAGGUGAUGAAGAUGGCAACCACCAUAGCCAGGACUCGCUGGGAGGAAAUUCAAAAACUGUGAUGAUUGCCAACGUGAGCCCAUCCCUCAGCUGCUUCAGUGAGACGCUUGGCACACUGAAGUUUGCCCAGCGGGCCAAGUUCAUUCGCAACAAGGCGGUUGUCAACGAAGACAGCUCAGGGGAUGUGGCAUAUCUGAAUGAGCAGAUUCGACGGCUGAAAGAGGAGCUCUCUCGCUUGCGUGGACUACCCCCACCAAUAUCUCCGAGUGCAAGACGGCAAUCACUCCAGGCAUCAAGCACGAUGGUUCUGGCACAGGCACUCAGGAGUUCCAUGGAUUCUUUUGACUUGACGAAAUCUCUUCUUCCGGCAAAAGACACUUCUGCUACUGCAAGCAGAGUUCGAGCACUGGAGGCAAUGCUAGCUGGGGCUUUCAGGAGAGAGCAGUCUGCAGAGAACCAGGUGAAACAGCAGGCUUCGGAAAUUGAGCACCUUGAGCAAUUAGUGAAGCGGAUGGAGCAGGAGGCAAACUGUGGGAGAAUGGUUCUCAAGUUCAGAGAGGACAAGAUUCGGCGCUUGGAGGUGGCGGCAGAUGGCUUGCUAAUGACAAAUGCGGACGAAGCACUACAGGAGGAGAAUGCCAAUCUAUUGCAGGAGUUGCAAGUGCUUCGGGAAAGGGCAGCUAAGCCACCGGAAGUUAUGAAGUUUGCUUCAGAGAAUCUGCGCCUUCUCGGCCUGCUUAACAAGGACCGAGAGUUCUAUGAAAACGGUGAGAGGGAGCUUAUGAAGGAGGAAAUCGCUGCACUUCGAGAUGAGCUUACUGUUUUGCUGGACUCAAGGAAUGUCACAGAUUUUAGCAACCGCCGGAGCUCUAUCUUCCUCAGCAAAGGAGGGGGUGUGCAACACUUGGAGCAGUGUGGAGAUGGUGGAAAGGCUGCAGCGGUUGCCAGUCAUAUGGCAGAGCUGUCUCGUUUGGAGGUGGACGCGCUUCAGAAGGAUCUGGCUGAAUGCAGGAGAAACCUGAGCAUCUCCUUAGAGACAAAUGCAAAGAUGGCUAGGCAAGUUGACGAGCUCCGUGUGGAAAUUGCAAAGCUGCAUGAAGAGCGAACAGUAAUUGAGGCAGAGACGGCUUCACUCAGGGCUAAAUCGAGGGAGUCCAUUGGAAUUGCCAUCCGCGACAUCCAAGGUCCUUCAGCAGAAUCUGCCGAGCUACUCAGUCAGCUUGCUGAGACGGACGAAAAACUGGAGGCGGAAAUUGACAAGCGGCGUGCUGCAGAAGCAGCACUCAAGAAUGCACUCGACAAGAUUGCUCGUUUGAGGACUGAGCUCAAUGAGACGAAACAAGGAGUGGCUGGGGCAGAGGAUGUUCUUGAGAGGCUUCGGGAAGCGGAGUACAAGCUGAGAAUCGCAGAGGAGAAAACCAAUCAGUCAACGGAUAUCCUGGAGAUACUCAAGGGCGAGAAAAGAGCCAUGGAAGAGUGCCAUAAGAACCAAAUGCUUCAGUUAACAGAGGCUGCUGAAUGCCGGGAGGCCGAAUUUGCCAGCCGAGAAAUUGAGCUCCACAAGGACAUAGAAGCCCUCAAGCUGCAGAUUGAACUGCUUCAGAAUGCCAACACUCAUUUUCAGGCAAGGCAAGAGAUGGUAUCCUCUGUCAAGGCCUCUAACAUGAAUAAAGAAGAGAAUGAGGAGAUCAGCAACCACGAUCAGCAGCUGCAGAAUCUGAAGGACGCACUUGCUUUGGCCGAAAAGGAAAAGUCCGCCUUGACUGAACGGGUUGAUGAAAUAGAGCUCGAAAUUGCAGACCUCGUUCAAAGAGAGAAGCAGGAGAGGGAGGUGCUGGAGAAGGAAAGGUAUGAGAUCGCUGCUAAAGUGGAUGAUCUACAGGCUCUUCUGCAAGAGAAGGCCUCAUGCAUCAACAAUCUGACAGUGAAGCUCCAAGAGGAAGCAGAUACAGCAAAGGAGCUGAGGGCAGAGGUGGACCGACUGCAGGUACGGAUAGAGGAGAUGGAAGACGAGAAGAAGGUUCUUGAGGAAGAGCUCGAGGUAGUCAAAGAAGAGUUACAUCAGGAGCAAGGGUUGCGUGAACUGCGAGAUGAAAAGGAGAUAGAAGUGGCAGCUCGGGAGGCUAGAUUGGAGGUUGCAGAGGAGAGAAAGGCUCGUCGUGCUGCAGAGGUUGCCCGUGAUGAGCUGUCUCGGGAGCUUGACGCUGCACGGAAGGAAGGGGAAGAGCUGAGAAAUGCCUUGCGAUUGCUGCAUUAUGAACAGUUUUCUCAAAGGCAAAAGUUUGCGUUGGAGGAUGAGACAAGAUCUGAUGCAGAAAGGGAAACUGCCCUUACGCUGGAGGCACUUCACGAGGAGUGGAGGGAAGCAAAGGAGAAUGCACGAACAGCAGCAGAGAGGGAAGACAGCAUGGUACGCUCCCUCGAGAAGGCAACUAAGGACCUUGCACAAAAAGAUAUUGAGAUCCGAACACUGAGGAAGAGGCUGCAGGAUGCAAACGCCAAUGUCCGUGCCUUGCAGAGGGAUGCUGUCAGAGAAGGCUGCAACUGGGAGGAUGACUGGAAAGAGGGUGGAGAUGAGAAUGCGGAUGUGAUUGGCUCUUUGAGGAAGAAGUUGGAGGCUGGCCAUUCAAGAUUGACAGAGGUAGUUGCUGAGAAGAACCGGCUUCUGGAAGAGUUGCAGGAACUUCGUGGAAAUGCUGCGCUUGCCGAUUGUGGCCCUACUAGUAGCCAGAAGAUAAAUUGUGCAGAAGAAAAAAAGACAGUGUUGGAGAGGAUGGUGGAGGCGGCAAAGGCAGAGGUUGAUGAGACAAGGAGGACAUUGGAAGCUCGAGAGCGAGAGUUAGAAGAUGAGAGGUCGAUGGCAUGCCGGAGGUCUGAGGAGAGGGAUGCUCUGUCGAGAAGGGGGCUGCAAGUGGAUCUGGAAGAUGGAGGAGACGGAGAUGAGGAGUCUGUUGGUGAGGCUGAUGGUGACGAGUGUGUGAUGCCAUGUAAGAUGCCACAGGAUUGGGGUGCGUCAGUGGAGGAGAGAGGCAUGGGAAAAAGCGAUUUGAUUGCAGAACUUGAGAAGACAAUUGCAACUCUCGAAACAGAGAGGGACGAAGCCCUUGCCAAGGCAGCUGUUUCAGAGAAGGAACGGGAUGAUGCAAGGAGAAGUGUGGUAGCCACUCAGAAGAAGGCUGAAAAGACCGUGGAGGAGAUGAGGAUUCUCGUGGACCUGGCACAUCAGGCUGCGGCUAUGGCUGAGGAAAGGGUGGAGGAAGCACGGAAGGAGAAGGCAGUUGCAGAGAUGGAGGUUGAUGGCGUGAAAGAGCAGUUGAGUGAUGCUGAACGAAGACGGAGAGAAAAAGAGGUUGAUCUGGAGAGACUAAGGCGGAAGUGGGAGUGUGUUCUGAUGGAACUGCGUGAAAUGGAGGAUGGUGGUUGCUGUAACAGAGAUGUAAUGAAGGAAGGUGAUGUGGAGGUUGUUGAGCUUGUUGGGAGGAUGAGAGAGCGAAUGGAUGAGCUGAGGAGCAAAAUAUUCGCGUUAGCAGAAGAGAAAGAGAACCAGGAGAGGUUGGCGGAAGAGAGGAAUGCAGAGGUGGUGAAUCUUACUGCCAAGGUGAAGGAGCUCAACUCCCAUCUUCUCGACGUGCAAGAGAGAGCGGACAAGGCAGAAGAGAGCUCAAGCACAGAGAAAAUCAAGGUGGACAGGCUUCGGGAGCAGCUGAUUGAAGCAGAGAAGAAACUGAAUAGAACUGCUCACAAUUGUGAACAAGAUAGAGCAGAAGAGGAGAGGAAGGCAGUUGGCACGAAGACUGAGAACUCUAAUGAUGAGAAGAAGAAGAGCGCAUGGAAGAGCCUUGCUCAGUCACUUGCUCGAAGUGGAAAGAAGGAUAAAGCUCUCCAGGAGUUGAAGGUGAUGGUGGCAUCUGCCAGGGAGGAGAAGAGACAGGUGGAGGAGUCAAAGAAUAAAGACGUUAAGACAGCAAUGGAGAGGGCAGAGGCUGCAGAACGUGAAAUGGCAGUGGCACGGGCAAUGCGGAAGAAGAAAGAAAUAGAGCUUCACGUAAUGAUGGGCCAGGUAGAUGAGCUGAAAAGUGAACUUCGAAGGAAGACAGCACAGAUGGAAACCCUAUGGAGGAAAGGUCUUGGGGUGUCCACCAGUGUUGACACUUCAAUGGUUGCUGCGGGCUACUUCACACCUCCCAAGGGGGAAAGUGAGAUGAGGGAGAAACUGCAUGUGCUUGAAGACAAACUGGAAAGUGAGAAACGAAAGAGUGAGGUAUUGGAAAUGGAGCUAGAGGAGAUGAGGGGACUGGUCAUGGAUGCAGAGCGAGUGAGGAAGGAGUCAGAGGGAAUGCUUGCAAGAGAGAGCAGUCUGAGAGAGCAAUUGGCCUUAAAAACGAUUAAGAUGGAGGAACUGGAAAUGGAAAUGGUGGACCUCCGAGCGGUGGUGAUGGAGAUUGAGGACAUCAGUCUUGACAAGGAAAAUAUGAUCGAAAGGGAGAGAAGUUUGAUUGAAGAACUGGAUGCGAAGAGGAGGAGAGUGGAUGAGCUCGAAUUGAUAUUGGACGUGAAAGGUGGCUUAACAGAACAAGAUAAGGAUGGGCUGCGAAUUGUGGAUGGGUUGAAAGCAGACAUGCUGAGGUUGCAUACAGAGAAGGAAGAAGCAAUCAAAGAAGCAGAGACAGUCAGGAGAGAGCUAGACGCAGUGACGGCUCAAGCUGAGGAAAGGGAGGCUGUUGCUGCAGAAGCACGCCAGAUUGCAGAGCACUGCAAGGCGGUGGCAGAGGAGAGGGAGGCGGAGAUGGCUGAGGUGAUGAGGUUGCGAGGAGAGCUAGAGUCCAAGAUUGCAUCCUUGCAAGAUCAGAUUUUGCAGGCGAAUGACGAAGUGGAGAGGCAACGAGUAAUGAAAGAGGAGAGAGAGAGGGAAAUGCUCAUAGCAAAGAGGCAGAUGGCCGAAGUUCAGCAGAAGAGGGAAGAGAAGGAGAGCGAAGUGGCAUCCUAUGCAAAGGAAGUGCUUGACUGCAAGACGAUCUUGGAGGAAAAUCAAAGGAGCCUUGAGGAGAAAGAGGUGGAGCUGCUUACUGCGAGGAAUGAGAUUCAGAAAUUGGCUGCCACAGCUGAAGCAAAGAAACAAGAGGCCGACAAAUGGAGAUCUUGGGUCAAUGAGAUGAAGAUCACCACAGAAAUCAUGGAGGCGGAAUAUCAACAGAAGGUGAAGGCCUUGGAAUCAGAGUUGGCAGAAAGUCAAAAUCGAUUGGCUCCAAGGUCUGGGGUGAAUUUUCUAUCACCACUGAAAGGCGGCACCCCUUUCGAACAAUCAUCACUGGAAUCCUUCUCCAAUACAGCAAUUCAACGGACACCUCAAGUUCUGCCAAGCGCAGACAAGGAAGAUGCUGCUUUGUUGCGAAAGAAGUUGGAGGAGGCAGAGCGAGAGAUCUCCUCUCUCAACUGGCGGCUGGCAGAAGCAAGCGGGAUGACUCACGAUGUGCUCAGGAGCAUAUUGGGAAUGAAGAUGGAGGUCUCACAAUUGCAAGAUACACAUAUUAUGCAUGAAGCUGCUGAGAAGGCUCGAAGAUUAAGUAUGGAGUCAAAGAAGAAGGAUCAGGAGCUGGCCAUGAUCCGUGAAAGGCUGGAAAAGUUUAUAAGUGAGCGUGAAGGGUGGCUAGAAGAGAUGAACAGGAGCCAAGCAGAGGCUUGCGCAGCACGAGUUUCUGCCGAGAAGAAUCGUCAAGCAAACAGAGUUCUUGUAGCCCAGAAUGAGAAGCUUAAGGCUCAGGAGUCGUCGUUACAAAAGAGAGUGACAGCACUAGAAACCGACGUAAGGAAGUUGUCAGGACAGCAGAAUCUAAGCCAGAGAAUUCACCACCAUGUCAAAAUCAAGGAGGAGAACAACAAACUAAAGGCCGAAAUGGAGGCACUUGAAAUGAAGUCUCGCAGAGAAGGUCUGUACUUGGCUAGGGCCUUGGAGGAACUUGCCAAGUAUAGAGCAGCUGAAGGAAAACUCCCUGAGCUGAAUUUUGAUGAAGAGCAACGGCUCCGCCAGAAGUUGCAAGAAGUUGAAGAGGAAAAGCUGCAAAUUGCACGCAAUCUGAACAAUUUGUGCCAGUCUAUUUACCAGGCUUCAGGAGCAGGUCGCUUCGGGGUCCCGACGCUCGCAUCUGCCAUGGAAGCUCUGCAGGCAAUGAUUGUGCGAACGGAAUCUAGUGAGCGCGAGUUGGCAAGCCUGAAGCUCCAGGCUAAAAUUGUGUCUGAAAGACGUCAGCUAAGUGAGUUGCGGUCAGCAAACACUCCACAGAAAUCGAUGCCAGUGUCCUCCUCUCCGUCAAGAUGUUGAUGAUUGACAGGGAAGGAGUAUAUUUGCUGUGGAAGAGACUGCGUUUGGGAACUCCGCACAGUUUUACAUAUGUAAAGUGUGUUGGACUAUGGAUUAGCGUUCGUGCAGAAUGAUGUCAACGCCGGCUCAGGAGAUGCAAAGCAGCGAACAUCAAUCAUUGCACGAAAACACGAAGAUUCUAAUCAAGCUUCUGUGUUGCUGCGAACUUGUCUUUCUGGAGUGAAACGUCAGUCUCGUAAUGUGAAAUCGAAGACCUGGUAGUUUCUGUUUUGCUGCCGACUCGUCUUUCAGGAAUGAGAGAGCAGUAUUAUGAUUCAAGAUCGAAGAUGUUGGUAGCUCCUGUUUUGCUACCAUGGCAUGCAGGCAACAUUUACGUCUGGAACCGCCGGUAUGUAUUUUCAUUUCUGCAAUAGGAUAAUGUAUAUAGGAGCUAGGAAGAGAGGCAGCUUGUUUUCUCAUCAAACACCUGGAUUGGUAUUGGUUCGCGAACUUCUCAGUGCUAUCCUCUGUGCAAUUGUUAAAUAAGUCAAGGGGGCUCUCCUUUCUCGAACCUCAAGUCCCUUCGUUUUUCAGUGUGGUUGUUGCACUUUGCUGUUAUCUAUCGUUGCACACAGACAUGUGCAGAUCACACACAUUUGCAGGAUGCAGCUUCCACGCCCUGCCUUGGGCUUUUCUCUACGGUAGUGUAGAGGUUUCAUUGCAUGGGUUGGUAUUCAUCCCCGUGGUGGAAUGCUCCUAUAUACCAGGCUGAAGAAGACAGACAAAGAACAAAUAUUUAAUUCUUUA